CCCUUCCUAGAAACUGCUUUUUUUUUUUUUUCACCCUUAAAAAAAUAUAAUCAGCUUAAGUUCAGUCCAAAUAAAUCCCAAGCCAAACCCAGAUGCAUCCCAAAUGAUCUAAUCCCCAAUUCCCAAUUUCAAUAGUUUCUUCCCUUUCUUCUUCCAAACCACAAAACAAAUUCCUUGAAAAAAAGAAAUUGGAAAUCUGGCGAAAUCUUAUGGAAUGACGGACUAUAGGUUAGCGCCGACGAUGAAUCUUUGGACGGACGAUAACGCAUCGGUUAUGGAAGCUUUUAUGAGCACCGAUCUUUCUGCUUUAUGGCCACCGCCGCAAUCCUCUGCAUCUACUUCCACACCUGCUGCUGCUGCUGCUGCUGCUGUUGGUGGACCAGACGUUUCCAAGUCCUCCUUCGCCGCCCAAUAUCAGCCUUCCGUUUCUCUCCUCAAUCAAGAAACUCUUCAACAGCGUCUCCACGCCCUCAUCGAAGACGCCCGCGAGUAUUGGACUUACGCUAUUUUUUGGCAGUCCUCGACCUCGUUUGAUUACUCGGGCACUACCAUACUCGGUUGGGGCGAUGGGUAUUACAAAGGCGAAGAAGAUAAAGGGAAAGGAAAGUUGAAAGCUUCUACAUCUACAGUUGUGGAACAAGAGUACCGUAAAAAAGUGCUUAGAGAACUUAACUCUAUGAUUUCUGGGUCGACUGCCACCACCGACGAUGCCGUCGAUGAAGAAGUCACCGACACUGAGUGGUUCUUUUUAGUUUCUAUGAUGCAGUCUUUUGUGAACGGCAGCGGGCUUCCGGGGCAGGCUUUUUUCAAUUCGAGUCCGGUUUGGAUUGCUGGGUCGGACCGGUUAGCCAGUUCGAUAUGCGAGAGAGCGAGGCAAGGAAAGGUUUUCGGUUUGCAGACGAUGGUUUGUAUACCGUCGGCAAACGGGGUAGUUGAAUUGGGAUCAACGGAACUUAUCACCCAAAGCUCAGAUCUGAUGAAUAAGGUUCGGGUUUUGUUUAAUUUCAAUAAUGGAAUUGAAGCUGGUUCUUGGUCUAUGAGUAAUAAUACUGCUGAUCAAGGCGAAAAUGAUCCGUCUUCGCUUUGGAUUAGCGAUCCAAAUAACGGAGUCGAACUUAAGGAAAGUAACAACAAUAAUACUAGCAAUCAGAAUCAGCAGAUUCAGAAGUCAAUUCAAUUCUGUGAUAACCCGAGUUCGAGUAGUUUAACUGAGAAUCCGAGUUCUAUUCAUGUUGGAAAUCAUGACCAGCAGCAGAACCAUCAGCAGGGGCAGAGAUUCUGCCUGAAUUUCUCCGAUUAUGGCUUUGAUGGGAGUAGCAGUGUGAGGAAUGGGAAUUCUUCUUCUCAUUUGUUGAAGCCUGAAUCCGGGGAAAUAUUGAGUUUUGGUGAGAGCAAGAAAAGUGGGGAUGGGAAUUUGUUUACAGGGAACUCUCACUUUGUGGUAGAGGAGAAUAAGAAGAAGAGGUCGCCUACUUCAAGAGGGAGUAAUGAAGAAGGGAUGCUUUCGUUUACUUCUGGUGUAAUUUUGCCUUCUUCUGGUGUGGUGAAAUCAAGUGGCGGUGCUGGGGAUUCAGAUCACUCUGAUCUUGAGGCUUCUGUCGUGAAGGAAGCUGAUAGUAGCAGAGUGGUGGAGCCUGAAAAGAGGCCUCGGAAACGAGGGAGAAAACCGGCUAAUGGAAGAGAGGAGCCUCUGAAUCAUGUUGAAGCAGAGCGUCAAAGAAGAGAGAAGCUUAACCAGAGGUUUUACGCCCUCCGUGCCGUGGUUCCUAAUGUAUCGAAGAUGGAUAAAGCAUCACUCCUAGGUGAUGCUAUUUCCUAUAUUAACGAGCUUAAGACAAAGCUACAGAAUGCAGAUUCGGAGAAAGAGGAAUUGCAGAAACAAUUAGAGGCGAUGAAGAAAGAAUUGGCAAGUAAAGAUUCUGGUUCUGCGCCACCACCACCUGAUCAAGACCUCAAAAUGUCCAACCACCUUGGUAAUAAAUUGAUAGAAUUAGAUAUUGAUGUGAAGAUUAUUGGAUGGGAUGCAAUGAUUCGAAUCCAAUGCCCUAAAAAGAACCAUCCAGCAGCAAGGUUAAUGGCUGCCUUGAAGGAGUUAGACCUAGAUGUGCACCAUGCUAGUGUGUCGGUAGUGAAUGACUUGAUGAUCCAGCAAGCCACCGUUAAGAUGGGGAGCCGGUUUUACACACAGGAGCAGCUCAGGAUAGCCCUAACAUCCAAAGUUGGAGAUGCAAGAUAGAGAGUAUCGAGCAGAGCUUGAUCUGUAAAAGCAAUUGGGAUAGAGCUUGAUCAGAGAAAAAUAGGACCGCAGUUUCAUUGUUAAAAUGGCUGCAGGUCUCUGGGACAUUUUAAGGAUCCCGUUGGCACAAGCUCUGUAAAAUAUUGUUCUAUUUUGUUGUUAUUAGUGUUUAGUAUAGUUAAUAGUUUGAGAGGUGAUCUUAAUCAAGGAGGAGCUUAACUGGUUAGCAGGUUGAUUGAUUUCCCAUAAUUUUAAAGAGUGAUUGACAUUGUUGAGCUCCAGUCAACUGAAAAUAGCCUUUUUGUGUUAAAUCUUGUAGAACGUCUUCAAUCAAUGUAUAUUGCUUGCUAUAAAUUCGAACCUGAAUGAAGUUCUGGGUUUGUUACUAUGUUACCUCGAGUGUUCCUUUUGUUAACUGUGCCUAAACUUUGUUAACUAGUACUUUCGUUUCUUUUAGUAUUGAGCAAGUUUUAAUGGGACAUGGAGCAUGCAUGCUACAACUUUUCAUUGAGGCGUUUCGGACGUCAACAUUAGUUUUUGAGGUUGUGUGAACAAGGGAA